AUGCCUCGACUGUUCAACAUCCUAGCACACUCUCUUUAUGUGUGUGUCAUCCUAACGGCUGCUGAGGAGAGCAAUACUCCAGGAUCUAUCGAACUGGUCAGAGAUGUUGCAAUCAUCGGCGGAGGUGCAUCAGGCACUUAUGCUGCAGUUCGACUUCGCGAAGACUUAAACACGAGCAUGGUGCUCGUCGAACCCAGGCCAAACCUGGGAGGUCAUACUAGUACCUACCACAUUCCCAAGACCAACAUUUCAAUCAACUUCGGAGUUCAAAGCUACCUACCAUACGGGCCAGCCAAAGAUUUCUUCGCUCGCUUUGGAAUCCCCACGGCAAUCCCUACUAACCAGAGACUGACUGCUCUGAAUGUCGACGUCGAAACUGGUAAGAUACUGGAGGACUACAGUGCUCCAAGUGCGAAUGCGACCAAUGAAGCAUUUCAGCGAUGGCUCUCUAUCACGACAAAAUACAGAGAAAUCCUGGAGCCCGGUUACUGGGACUUCCCGUCCCCAGUGGACAUCCCUGCAGAUCUACUCACGCCCUUCGGUGACUUUGCCAAACUCAAUAAGCUGGAGGCUGCCGUUCCACGCAUAGUGACGAUAUCCGGCGUGGGGUAUGGUGGUGUUCGUGACCUUUUGACUUUCAAUAUCUUACAGGCUUUUGGAGCGUCGCUUACGAAUGACUUCCUGAGCGGCACCCUGUUCAAACCGAUUGACAACAACGGUGUUCUCUAUGAACGUGCACUCGAACUUCUUAAACCGGAUGUACUAUUGUCGAGCACUGUGCAGCAUGCGAUACGAACUGCAAACGGAGUGGAGCUUUCAGUCAAACAAGGAGAUACAAAUUACGUUAUCAAAGCACGUCGCGUUCUAUACACUGCAGGGCCAAGCCUGGACAAUCUAGCUCCUUUCCAUCCUGACGAAAAGGAAACUGCUACUUUCUCGAAGUGGAUCACAGGAGCCGAAUUCGUAGCAGUUUUAGAGGCGUCUUGUCUACCAGAGAAUUACUCGAUCACAUACCUGCCUUCAGCAGCGGCACCAGCUGAUCAGCUUGCGAUCAAGGACUGGCCAUACAGUCUGCGCUUGGACUCAACAGGACCUCCAGGCCAAGGUCUUUUCCGCGUCAUAUUCGGUGCCAACUACACAGUGACCAAAGACGAAUUUACCAGGCUAGUCUUGAAAAGUGUCAAAGAUGUUCAAAAUGCAGGAACUGUCCCCUCAAACUGCGAUGCGGAAUUCAAGGCUCUUUCAGACCAUAGCCGACCUUCGUGGCCGCAAUCAGCUGAGCAGCUGCGAGCAGGAUUCGUGCAAGACUUGUAUGAUUUGCAAGGAUAUAAUGACAUGUGGUAUACUGGAUAUGCUUGGGGAGCUCAAUACAGCUCAACUGUCUGGGCUUUUACUGACACCGUCCUUGAGAGAAUGUUAGGAGAUUUGACGGACGGAAGCUAG